UGGAGGCGGUUUCGAGGGGCUCCCCGGAAGGAGACGUGGCGGCGGUUGGGGCUCCCGUUCGCUGGGCGAUCUCUAGUCCCGCCGCCUCCGCCUCCUCUCAAUGGGCCAAGGAGGCAGCGACGGCGGCGGCGGCGGCGGCUGGAGAGAGAAGCGGAGGAGGAUGGAAGAAGGAGGCGGCGGCGGACGGAGGCUGGUCCCGGGUGCGCCGGUGCUGCUGGUCCUCUGCGGGCUCCUGGAGGCGUCCGGGGGCGGUCGAGUGCUCCCUCCGCUCAGUGACGACAUCCCCUUCCGAGUCAACUGGCCCGGCACCGAAUUCUCCCUGCCUACUGCUGGUGUUUUUUAUAAAGAAGAUAAUUAUGUCAUUAUGACAACUGCAGAUAAAGAAAAAUAUAAAUGCAUACUCCCCCUUGUAGCAAGUGGAGAUGAGGAAGAAGAAAAGGACUAUAAAGGCCCUACUCCAGGUGAAUUAUUGGAACCACUGUUUAAACAAAGCAGUUGUUCAUACAGGAUUGAAUCUUAUUGGACUUACGAAGUAUGUCAUGGAAAACACAUUCGGCAGUAUCAUGAAGAAAAAGAAACUGGUCAGAAAAUAAAUAUUCAAGAAUACUUCCUUGGGAACAAGAUGAAAAAGAGCCCACUUACUGAAGCAGAAAAAGAAGAAAAGGAAAAAUCCAAAGAAAGUUCAAAGGAGAUUCCCACUAAAAAUAUCGAAGGUCAAAUGACUCCUUACUAUCCUGUGGGAAUGGGAAAUGGCACACCUUGUAGCUUGAGACAGAACCUCCCCAGAUCAAGUACUGUGAUGUAUAUCUGUCAUCCUGAAGCAAAACAUGAAAUUCUUUCAGUAGCUGAAGUUACUACUUGUGAAUAUGAAGUUGUCAUAUUGACACCUCUGCUGUGCAAUCAUCCUAAAUAUAGGUUCAGAUCUUCCCCAGUGAAUGACAUAUUUUGCCAGUCACUUCCAGGAUCACCCCUUAAGCCUCAUAAUCUGGUACAGUUGGAGCAGCAACAAGAAGUAAUGAAGAUCCCUUUUAGAAGAACUAAAGAGGAAGAACCACAUUCAACUAAAGAAGACAAAUUUACCUCCAUCCCCAAACCAGUUGUUCUUGGCACUCAUCAACUCCUCACUGUUGGAACAACACACAUCUCCAAACUGACUGAUGACCAGCUCAUAAAGGAAUUUCUUAGUGGCUCUUAUUGUUUUCACGGGGGUGUAGGUUGGUGGAAAUACGAAUUUUGCUAUGGCAAGCAUGUUCAUCAGUACCAUGAGGAUAAGGAAAUUGGAAAAACAUCUGUGAUUGUGGGAACAUGGAACAAAGAAGAGCAUAUUGAAUGGGCAAAGAAGAAUACUGCUAGAGCCUAUCAUCUCCGAGACGAUGGUACACAAAUAGUUAGGAUGGUAUCCCAUUUUUAUGGGAAUGGAGAUAUUUGUGAUUUAACUGACAAACCAAGACAGGUCACAGUAAAACUAAAAUGUAAAGAAUCAGAAUCACCUCAUGCUGUUACUGUGUAUAUGUUAGAACCUCAUUCCUGCCAGUACAUUCUUGGGGUAGAAUCUCCAGUAAUCUGUAAAAUUUUAGAUACAGCUGAUGAAAACGGACUCCUUUCUGUACCCAGUUAAAAGAUUAGUGAAGCAAGAAGAAUGAAGAUCACUAAAAACACCAUGAUUUCUACUGUCCAUGGCCAAUGACUUCAUUAGAGUUCUCAGCCAAUGGAGCUUGACUGAAGGACUGUUUAAGGGGACUCGUUGAACCACUUUGUGAAUAUAUAUGUGUAUAUAAGAGGUUAUUGAUAAACUUUUAAAGCAGACAGUUUUGUCUUACUCAUUUCAUUCGUGUUGUGAAUUAGAAAUUUUGUAAAAAAAAAAAGUGUUUUUUCUUCCUCUGAGGUAAGAGGAUUCAAAAAUAAAUCUUGCCCAAGAAAGUUAAUCAGGUGUCAUAACCAUUGCUAAACAGGCAAGUUUUCAAACUGACUAAUCAAGCUGGUCUUAUCGAUGCCUACUCUGGUUGGGGAAGUGAACAUCAUGGCUGAAGAUAACUUGACCCUUGAUUAUCUUCAAGAAAUAUUGAUUUGCAAUAGGUCAUUUCCUUCUGUGACCAAUUAUUACUUAUUUUUCCAGUGUGUAUUAGUGUGGUUGGUUCUUCCCUUCAAAGUACAUGUUCUGAUAUAAACCAUUCACUUUCAAGGA